AUGGACUCAUUCGAGUACAGCCCAAACCCCGGGCGCGUGGUCUUCGGCUCAGGCACACUGCAAAAGCUGCCAGAAGAGGUUUCUCGGCUCAAUCUUUCUGCGCCACUCCUCCUCUCAACACCACAGCAGACCAACCAGGUUGAAAACCUAAAGAGAGUGCUCAAUGGAAAGAUCGCCGGCAUCUUCAGCAAUGCCACCAUGCACACGCCCACCGAUGUCACCGAUAAGGCUCUCCAGUACGCAAAGGAGCAAGGUGCAGAUUCAGUCAUCUCCAUUGGCGGUGGAAGCACGAUCGGACUGGGCAAAGCCAUCAGUAUCCGGACUGGGUUGCCGCAUAUUUGCAUCCCAACCACCUAUGCCGGCAGCGAAAUGACGCCGAUCUUGGGCGAGACUGCAGAUGGAGUCAAGAAGACAAGAAGCGAUCCGAAAAUCCUGCCGGGUACGGUCAUCUACGACGUCGAUUUGACCAUGACUCUUCCUGCUGCGAUGAGCGCGACUAGUGGCGUGAACGCUAUUGCUCAUGCUGUGGAGGCUCUUUACGCACGCAACACAAACCCUAUCAUCAACAUCCUGGCCAUUGAAGGAAUCAAGGCGCUGGCUAGCUCUCUUCCAGAGAUUGUCCAAGACCCAUCUUCGCCAUCGGCGCGCUCCAAGGCCCUCUAUGGCGCCUGGCUGUGCGGCACUUGUCUCGGAAGCGUAGGAAUGUCGAUCCACCAUAAGCUGUGCCAUACGCUGGGCGGCAGUUUCAAUCUUCCCCAUGCGGAAACACAUACCGCUGUUCUCCCACACGCCAUUUCCUACAAUGCCCCGAAGAUACCAGAUGCCAUUCAGAAGCUUGCCGAGGCCCUCCCGGAAAGUAAUGGAGAUGCCGUCCAUGGCUUGAACGUACUCUUGUCAAAGCUCAAUGUGAAACGCGGCUUGAAGGACUUUGGUAUGAAGGAAGAGGAUAUUGACAAGGCAGCCGAUAUUGCUGUUAGCAAUCCUUACUGGAACCCACGAGAAAUCGAGAGGGCUCCAAUUCGCGAACUGAUUCGCAGAGUCUGGGCUGGAGAGCCGGCCAAGGCUGACCUGCGCCGAGCUCGCCAGGCUGUCACCAUGCAAGCUGCACCUAUCCUAUCAACGCCAGACGCGUAUUUGCUGGACGCUACGGAGCCCGUGGCAGACACCACCUUGGGCGUAUCCCGCUCCGACGAAGAGCUGUCGAUCAUAUACGAUAUCGAGCGAACAUUGACGGAAAUCCGGCAGGGACGAUGGAAGCGAAUCGCGCUCCAGUUUCCAGAUGAUAUGCUCCCUGACGCUCCCCGAGUCUUUCAGCUCUUGGCUCGCGGGAUUCAGACAAAGGACAUACUACACGUUAAUGGCCGAGGUAACAACAGCGCGCCCGCUGUUGAGAACGGAUCGGAAAAAGAAGCCAGAUCGGAUGUCGUGGAGAAAGUAUCUCAGAUAAGCUUGGAAGGGGAUUCGUCACCGGAUGAGACACCAACGAAGUUCUAUAUUCUGGCCGACACGUCGUAUGGGAACUGCUGCGUCGACGAAGUGGCCGCUGAACACGUCAAUGCAGACGUUGUUGUGCACUAUGGACGAGCUUGCUUGUCGCCUACCUCGAGAUUACCGGUUGUCCACGUCUUCACACAUCGAUCCCUACCAUUAGAUCCGCUUGUGAAAGCCUUCAGAGAAGCGUUUACAGAUUUAUCGUCAAAGAUCAUCCUUGCAGCCGAUGUCACAUACUCCGAUCACGUUUCGGCCGUACACGAUCGUUUGGUGGAAGAAGGCUAUACCAAUCUCUUCGCGACUCAGGUCGUGCAUGAUCCCUCGUCUGCGAUCCCCAACCGAACGGUACCAGAGACCGUCAAGGACCAGCCAGAAUCACUGAGCGACUGGCAGCUCUUCUACAUCUCGGAACCCCCAACUGCGCUUUUGUUAACUCUCUCGUCUAGAGUUGCCGCAAUCUAUAUCUAUCCCGCAGCAAAAGCAGAGUCUGGCGGGGAUGUCAAGCCACUUCAGGCAUCCACUUCUGCAGCCCUACGUCGCCGCUAUGGCACCUUGGUCUCAUUGAGCACGGCAUCGAUUUUCGGCAUCCUGAUCAACACUCUGAGCGUCAAAAACUACCUACAUAUCGUGGAUCAUGUGAAGAAGCAGAUUGCCGCUGCCGGAAAGAAGAGCUACAUGUUUGUAGUCGGGAAGCUGAAUGCAGCCAAAGUAGCGAAUUUCAGCGAGAUUGACGGCUGGAUUGUCAUUGGAUGCUGGGAAAGUUCCCUGGUGGACACCAAAGACUUUUGGAAACCGAUCAUCACCCCCUACGAGCUGGAGCUUGCUCUCCAAAGCGACGAUACCCGUGUUUGGACUGGUGCAUGGCGAGGCGAUUACCAGGCUAUUCUGGAUGCCAAUCCGGUGUCCACUAAUGAUACCAGUCAAGGACCGUUGGAAGCACCCCAUAAUGACAACGAGAACGACGGCGAAGACGACACGUCAGAUUUCGAGUCUGCCCCACCAGAAUUCAACUUGCGCACUGGUCAAUUUGUCACCAACUCACGUCCCAUGCAGCGCUUACCCAAUGGCGCUUCAAGGCAUGGCUUAUCAAACGGAACAGCGUUGGCCAAACGAGCCAAGGGCGACGUGGCUACCAUCGGUAGCACGGUCUCUCCGGGGGCCGAGUUUCUGCGUUCUCAGAGGACUUGGCAAGGACUGGGCAGCGAUUUCGAGAUCAAGUACGAAGAGGACGGCGAGCCGGGGGGUACUGCUGUCGUGGAAGGGCGCAAAGGGAUUGCGAGGGGAUACACGCCCUCUCCGUCUGCUCCGGUCGCUCGCACCCGGCCCCGUCCAGCCAUGAGUAUCGAGAUCGAGAGCAACAAUAGACAGCAGUCGAUCAUCGGCAGCUUGACUGCUGAUGAUAAUGCCGCCGACGAAGAUGUCGCCAUGUGUUUAGGCGAUGACAUUUCUGGCUCUUCUGCCGCCGAAUUCCAACUAUCCACCUUCGAACGAGUGUUUUCGACUCACACGCCCAUAUUUGAAUCCCUCCUUCAACAAAUACCGACACAUACGAUUUUCCAGCUAUACCACACAUCCUCAUACCUCCGCAGAUUCCUCGCUUCUUAUCCUACAGCAUGGAAAUAUCUAUCCUUCCGCCUGCUCUUCCCAUCAGGCUCUCAGAGCCGCCCGCUACUUGCCAGUGGCUUCGACCCUUCUGCCCCUCGCCAGUCGCGACCGUACGCCCUAGAUCAGCUUUUGAUGAUGGUUGUGAUGCCCAUAAGCCCCUGUUUGAAAAGCUUGGAACUGGACAAUACUGCGGUGUCAGGACAGACCCUCACAACCGUCGUUUUACACACCAUGCGGCAGACAUUAGAACACCUCUCAGUGCGUGGGUGCAAGAACGUUUCUCUGAAAUACCAUAUUAUUCCCUAUCUCACGAUAUAUGGGUUGAUGAAGGAAAACGCCACCGGAAUCCCCGCGACUCAGGAGAAACUUGCUUUGAAAAGCCUCUAUACAUAUCGCUGUCGUCACCAUCGACGUCGCCCUUAUCUGACCAGCUCAUUGAUGCGUCGAGACUCGGAUUCAGGGCCUACACACGACCUCGUUAUCGUGUGCCAUAAACUCGGAAUAUGGACCGAUACUGCCUGGUGCAGUACGCCUGCGGGACGAUGCUUUCGACGACGAGGCUACGUUUCUAUGAGAGUUCCACAUGGUUCCCCAGAGGUAUGGGUUGUUUUCGACCGUCUAUGGAGAUCUAAGAACUGGCUUGGGUCUCCAAGCGAACGAUACAUUACAGACGGUAGGAAAGAUGGGAGACUCUGGGAACGGGGGGAAACCGGCUUUCACGGCGAACCCUUGGGAACAGGAGACCGGCCUGGUGGUGGGGAAGGGAAAUUCGUUCCGGCUCAUCUCCGGCACAGUCAUAAGUCGUUUAUCGAUAAUAUAAAGUGUGAUAAAUGCGCCGACAUUAUUGGUGAAAGAUGUGAGCAGUGCAGCGUCCUAAUGCACUGCAUCGGAUGUCGAAAAACACUGUGUGCAAGCUGUGCAUAUAGCUGGAGAUAUUCACCAAAUAUAUCCGCCUCUAUUCCGACCACAACUCCAUCUCAGUCUCUGUGGUGGACGCCAAACUCGGUUACGACUCCGUGUGUCAUGCAUGAUCCCAACCCAGAUGCAGACAACAGCCAUCCGCCAAAUCCCACUAUUCCUCCUCAGUAUCCAAAUCUGGAGUUCUCCUGGUGCUGCACCGAGCCUAUAUUUUCAGGAGGUGGAGGAAUCAGCAUCGGUACUACGACGCGAGACGUUGAUUUAGUGCGAGCUGCACCUCUACCAAAGGGACAAGGAUGGGAAGAUCCAGAAUAUUCAAAUAAUACGAAUGAUGUGGACAAUGUAUCAGAAACAGGACAUAUCGAAUUUCUAAGACACUUUUUUGGCCCUCCGACGCGUUUGGCCUCGACCUGUCCACGCAAUCUGUGCAAGGAUUGUUACAACUCGACCCGGUGGAAAGUGAAUUGUAAAAGUUGUUUGAAACCGCUUUGCAAGGAACAUGACCUCCGUGGACUCCGUCUAAGAAUUUGUGGAUAUCGAGACCUUGCCCUCGAAAAGAUCGCGUUACAGAGUCAUCAGGCUUCCACCGUUGGGAAAGCAGGUCUUUCCGUUGGAAUUCCCAACAACGGGCUAUCAUCAGCAAGACUACGUUCAAGCCCGGCGACGCCUUUCCAAUCUCAGGUUCAGUCACAAGGGAUCACUCCGAUUAUGGAUCGAGAUUCUCCGUCUGCGUCGAGCAGUAUAGCCGGUGAUCACAUCGCUCCAGGGGUAGGCGGAAUGCAUCCUGAAGUCCUACAAGAUUUCAUUCGAGCUCAACGGCAGGCCGAAGACAGCUUGGUGAGUGGGCAGACCGCCGGCCGCAGUCAAUCUCCUACCACUUCCAACCUUUCACGAUCCUCGUCGCGGUCUUCUGUGUAUUACGAUGCGGCAGCCGAGAUCAGCAGAUGGCAAGGCUGUCGGUCUUUUUACUGUCCUCAAUACAGACCCAUUGGCGACCAGCGACAACGCUGCAACAGCGUUUUGCGAGAAUGCACCAGCUGCUCGAUUUAUGUGUGUCAGGACUGCAUCGAGAAGAACCCUCCGUGCACUUGUUCGCACUGCGAGAUCAGCUAUCUUUGCCCCAACUGCUUGAAACUGCGAGAAGCGGAUGGCACUUGUCGACGCGUCGAGGAAGAAAAAGCGAAAAAGGAAGAAAAGUGGAAGCGAGAUAUGGAAAUGCUCGAGGACAUUCUCGACAAGAAACUCGCAAACGAUGUUGCUGAAUACGCCGGUGAAUUCAUGGGCCUGGUGCAUAAUGGCCGCAGUCGCAAUAUGCAACCCUCCCUAACGCCAUUACCACUCCUCACGCAGCCCCAUGGCUAUGGUCUAACAGCAGCGCUGGGCCCGCCGCCAUUUCACUUGCAGCCGUUCAUGAAUAAUAACCAGGACGGUUUAUCCUUUGACCAUACUGCCAAUUCCGAUGAUGACGCCAUGCAUGAUGAAACAAUUACUCCGAUUGCCGAUUAG